UGUCGUGAUUCUUGCUUGUUUACAAAACAAAUAUUUUAAGAUAUAAAGUUUUUAAAUACAUUUUAAAUACUCCAAAUUGCGAUGGAACCCGUUCCGGAUGGAUGUCGGUUGUGUUUAGAUCCUAUUGCCGACAGUGUGCACUCCAUCGAAAAUGUACAGUUGAAGGAGCAAAUCAACCGGGUGUUUCGUUUUCCGAUUGAAUCCAAAGAAGGUUACCCUACUAGCAUUUGCCAAAACUGCUCGCGUAUAAUAGCCGAAUUUUACCACUACUCGGAGAAGGUUCGUCUCAAUCAGGAAAGACUUGAACAACAGAGUACCGAUACAAAAGCAGCCUUUGAAUCAGUGAAAGUUGAACUACUUUCCGAACUAGAAGAUAACUCAUUAGGGUUAGGUUUGGGAACUGAGGAGCCAAAAUCAGAACCCGAAGGAAAAGACGAAGAACACAGUGAUGGUGAGAUUUUUGUGGAAUGCUAUGAACCUCCGGUGAGGCGACUUAGGAAAAAACGCAAGAAAGAAGUACUACCCAGGCGAAAACGUGGAGAAAAGGAGGAGCUUAAAGAAGAACGCCAAACAACUAAGCGCUACAAUAUCAAAUCUAAAGAACAGCUUGAGAAAGAAGAUAAAUUGAUAAACGAAUUCUAUCGCAUGGUGUGCGAAUUAUGCGGAGAAUCCGCAGCAAACUUCACCGCUUUAUCUUCCCACUUUCGAAAAAUUCACGGUCGAACCGGAUAUAUCAGGUGCUGCAAGAGAAAAUUGCCCAAGCGAUAUCACCUUCUCCAGCACAUUACACUGCAUACUAACCCGAAUGCAUUUCGGUGCGAUCUAUGCAAUAAAAAUUAUAAGCACAAAGUGUAUCUUCUGCUACACCAGGCCAAGGCUCAUGGUAGCGAGCAGGAGCGACCGUUCAAAUGCGAUCGCUGCAAGCAGUCGUACGCCAAGGAAUAUUUGCUUCGAAAUCACAUGACGAGCCAUGAGAAGGUUCAGUGUCCACAGUGCAGCAAGCUACUGGCCAACAAGGCGGCACUGAACGUUCAUAUCAUCAACAGGCACAGCGAUUUGGAUCGAAAAAUGAUUUGUGAUACCUGCGGGCAGGAAUUUUUGAACAAGGUAUGCUUCGAACGGCAUGUUAAGCGACACCUAGGAAUGGAGGAUGCGGAACAGAAGUUUCAGUGUCACAUCUGUCAGAAGUGGUUGAUGGGCGAACGGGGGCUUCAGAAGCAUCUGCAGUUUACGCAUUACGAACGAGAACAGACGCACAUUUGUGACAUCUGCAAGCAGCAGUAUCCGAACUCGAGGGCGCUCUGGAGUCACAAAAGAAUUGUACACAUCGAGGAGAAGUUCGAGUGUGAGUUCUGCGGUAAGAAGUUCAAGCGAGCGAUUAAUCUGAAGGAACAUCGAACAACGCACACCGGGGAGGUGUUGUAUGCAUGUGACAUAUGCGGGGCGACGAUGAACUCCAAUGCGAAUUUGUACACCCACACAAAGAAAAGUCACCCAUUGGAAUGGGCAGAGAAACGAAAGAAAGCGGUGGAGGCGAACAAGCCCAAACAAAAAGUGGGGUAAUUAAUUUAAUAAGUUUAAAUUGUUUGCUAUUAUAUGUGUAUGUAAAUAAAUUAUGGAACGUGUUCCUUAGGUGUUUUUCUGUUUGUCAAUAAUUAAAUAGAAUGAAAAAAUGGGUUAAGACAACAUCCCCUUGCGCAUUAUGAAAAGCAAUUUAU